UGUCAUGUGUACGCUAAUAAACUAAUAAAUCAUUUGCUACGAACGUUUGAUAUAAUCGUUUGUUUAUGAUAAAUCAUGUAAUAAAUGUAAGGUUACUGCGGUUAAUCUUUGGUGUUUCCAGUAAAAACUGAUGAUUUUAUUGAUAUUUUCCUAAUACUUUUCUUCUGAAAGCUGUAGUAUUGUAGUUGACUGGCUGUAAUUAUUUGAAAUACGACAUGUUUUAUCAUUUUUGAAAAAUGAUUAACUUGAAAGGGUAGACACAUUUUGUAGAAAUAUACAACAAGCUAAUCGUUAUCGCAAAGGUAGUAUAAUAGUAUUAAUUUUCGAGAAAAUAAACAUCUAUGAAAUAACUAAUUAUACAACAUUAGUUUCUUGAAAACAAGUUUUAACGGGAAAAAUGGGUGGCUGCCGAUGUAGUUUCAGAAACUGCAAAAGUGCUACUAAAAAUUGUGACAGUAUACAUUUUUUUCAUUAUCCUGUGAAAAAUCGGGCCAGAUGUAAACAGUGGAUCGAAAAUGCACGACGACCAGAAUUUUUCAACUUACCAGAAGACCAGCUUCGUAAUAAAGUCGUAUGUGAAUUGCAUUUUGAAUCAAAAUGUUUUUGCAACCCUACUAGAAAAAGACUUUUACAUGAUGCAGUACCUACAUUAGAUUUAGGCUGUAAAGAAGAGGAUAGUAGAAAUAAUGAAGAAUAUGAAGAUCAUUGUAUCUAUAAUAAUGUUCAGGUACUACCUGCCAAUGCUGAUGGUACAAUUUUCACUGUUGAUACAGAAGGUAUACAGCAACUGUGCGAGUCUGAUGAAAUUGAUACUUAUGUAUAUAGAAAUGGCGUACUUACUCCAGUUCUUAAAAGUGAGACAAGAUUUUAUUGUGACAAUGAAACAAUUGUUUAUGCUGUACCUGAGGAUGUAGUACAGAGCUAUGAAAAUAGUAAUAGCAUUAUAGACAAUUUAUCACAAGAAAGCAGUAAUGAUGCAACAUCUUCAAAUAUAAAUAGUCAUAUAGUUCAAGAUUAUCCUCGUCUUCAAGAAAAUGUUUUUGAUAUAAACCAAACUCGACAUUUUGCACCUCUUGUGAAGCAUGAGAAUGCUCAGCAUGCUAUUGAUGAAAACAAGCUUCAACAAGAGAAUGUUAUUUGCACAGAAAUUGAAAUUAGCUCAAAUGAAGAAAAUUCUAAUACCAGCAGUAAUUUUCCUGUACUUAAGCAAACUGAAAAAAAUAUCUGUCCAAAACAAAAUACAUUGAAAAGAAAAAGACAAAUACAAAAAAGAAUAUUACAAAAACUAAAUCAUCAUAGUCAAGAAAUUAAUAAUAUUAAAAAUCUGUUAAAAUCUAAUCUAACUUUUUUACCAAAAAAGCAAUUGCAAAAUGUAGCCUUAAGAGUAUUGGAGCAAUCUAUACCUAGCACUUUGUAUGAAAUUAUUUUGAAAACCUUAAAAAAGAAACCAAAUAAGCCAUUGCAAAAUAAUGAUUUUUUCCAAAAGUUGUAUUUAACGUCACCAAAAGCAUACCAUUUGUUGCAGGAAGAGAAUUGGUGUAUUCCUAGAAAUUUUAACAAAGAAGAUAUAUUGAACUUACAAAAUAGUAAAAGUACCCAAACAAAUAAUCAAAAUUGUAAUGUUCAAAGUAGUCAAACAUGUAGUCUGGAAGGUCGAAGUGUUAAAAGUGUUCAAACAUUAGAUGUGAAAGAUCACUUAACUGAAAAUAUUUUAGGAAAUAUUGAAUCAACCACUCAAAAUAUGACUAAUUUCUGCACUGUAGGUACACAGUGUUUUUCAGAAAUGGUGAGACAGAACACAAUAGGCAUUCAGUCUCUUUUGGAUCAGGCUUUAAUAACACAAAGCACAAUUGGUACACAAUGCUCUUUUAAUAGUAAUUUAACUGAAGCUAACAAUUUUCCAGAAAGUGUGCAAAAUCCCAUGGCCAGUGAUCUUUUAAAUAAUGACAUUAAGCAGAGUAUGGAUGUAGAAGACCAGAAGACAGAGCAAGAAAUUUGUGCUCAAAAAUUGUUAAGAAGUGAUGAUGUUCAAAUAUGUGAAAGUUUGUAAUCAAUAUGUACACAUUUGUUUUAUAUUUACAUCUACAUUAAUUGUUUUUAAGCAAACAUAAUUGAAUAUCAUUUCUAUGUUUACAUUUUAAUUAUUCACGAUAGGAAAAAAGGGGUUUUAACUAUAAAUAGUUAAAUUUCUAUCACUUGCUGAAGUGAUUACAAAACACAAUCAUUUUCUUCUAGAAAUGAAAAAAAUUUUCAACCCCUUCAGGGGGAAGUACCUAAAAGUAAUUUUAGUGGAUCCAAAUAGAAUAGAAAUAGAACUAAGAGUGUAUAAAUUGAAUACUAUUUGGGGGCACAUGAAUUUCAAAAUUCCAGCCAUAAUUUUUAAAUUGAUUGCUUUGUAAUUAGUAAUAAUGGUGAGAAUUUAGUGAUUAGUGUAUGUAAAUUAGUUAAUUAGGUGUUUUAUUUUAGUAAUUGUGUAUCACUAGCUAUAAUAACUAUCUA